AUGUCCUUAGAAAUCUCAACUUCUCUGUUCCUUGUUGCUCUUCUCUUAUUACCACUUCUCCUCCUCCUAAUCCAAAACAAACCAUCAAGGAAGGACCACCCACCAUCACCAUUCAAGCUCCCCAUCAUUGGAAACCUCCACCAAUUGGGCUCUCUUCCUCAUCUCUCUCUGUUGGCCCUCUCAAAGAAACACGGCCCUAUAAUGCUCCUCAAGUUGGGCGGGGUCCAAGCUCUAGUUGUUUCAUCCGCAGACGUAGCAAAGGAAAUAAUGAAAGCCCAAGACCAUAUUUUCUCUGACCGGCCAUCUUUGAUUGUGCCUAACAAGCUUCUCUAUGGAUGCAAAGAUGUAGCUUUUGCAAGGUAUGGAGAUUAUUGGAGGAAUGUGAGGAAACUUAGUGUUCUUCAUCUCUUGAGUCCUACAAGAAUCCAAUCUUAUCGUUUGGUGAGGGAAGAAGAAGUUGCAUUUAUGAUGGACAAGAUAGCAAAGCUCUCCUUGCUAGGUCCAAUGAAUAUGAGUGACAUAUUGAUGUCAUUUGCUAAGGACGUAAUUAGUAGAGUGGCUUUCGGCAAGUGUUCAAGAGAGGAGGGAUGGAAUGAGAUGAUAGAUGUGCUUAUUGAAGAGAGCAAUGAAUUGCUUGCAUCUUUUCAUUUGGGAGAUUACGUACCAUGGCUUGCAUGGGUGAGUAGAGUUACGGGAUUGGACGCAAGGGUGAACAAGACAGUAAGCAAGCUUGAUGAGAUACUUGAACAGGUUAUUGACCGUAGCAGAGUUGAUGGUAGAUCAAGAAGUGGUACGUUCAUUGAUAUAUUGCUCUCCCUUCAAAAGGAUGGGAAUAACUGCUUGGAUAAAGAUAGCAUCAAAGCUCUCAUUGAGGACAUGUUCGGUGCGGGAACAGAUUCAACGAUCAUAGUUUUAGAAUGGGCAAUGGCAGAGCUUAUCAAAAACCCAGAAGUAAUGAAGAAAUUACAAAAUGAGGUGAGAAGCAAAGCUAAAGGUACCUCAAAAACAAUAUUAAAACAAGAUGACUUGGUUGAGAUGAACUACUUAAGAGCCGUAAUUAAGGAAGUCAUGAGGCUUCACCCUCCGGGUCCUUUGCUAAUCCCACGUCAACUCACGGAGAGCACUCGAAUCCAAGGCUACAAAAUCCCCAAACAAGCAACGGUUAUAGUCAACGCUUGGGCUAUUGGUAGAGACCCUAAGUAUUGGCAAAAUCCUGCUGCAUUUAGACCGGAGAGAUUUUUGAAUAGCAAUGUGGAUUUCAGAGGGAGGGAUUUUCAGCUCAUACCGUUUGGUUUCGGUCGGAGGAUUUGCCCGGGGAUUCAGUUUGCAAUGUCCGUUAUAGAAAUUGCAUUGGCGAAUCUUGUAUGUUAUUUUGAUUGGCAUGUAUCUGACGCGGCGAAAACAGAAGUGAUGUGCAUGCAAGAAGCGCCAGGGAUUACUAGCCGUAAAAAGACUAGACUUCAUGUUGUUGCGACAUCUUAUUCAUUUUAGUUAAAAAAAAUGUUUUCUCUUUUUGAUUGUUUUAUUUGGUAGCUUGGAUGAGAUGUGUCGGAUGAUAAUGUAUAUCUCAGAGUCAAGUUUCUAAGAUUAAAAUAACUCAAAGCAUUGGGUUAUAUAUGAUCGAAAAUAAGGAUUUUGAAUGUACUAUGUAUUGUUGAAGUUAAUCCCGAUUCUAGAAA